UAAACGGACGGCCGCAGUAUCGCGGCUGAAAAUUGAAAGGGAUUUAUUAAAAAACCGCUGUGACUUAAAAAAAAGUUAUUAUAUCAUGUGUUUAGGUGAUUAAGUGCUAAUUAAUAAUGGGAGUUGACAGCGCGCCUCCGCAGAAGCCAGUAUUACAGAAUGAAGCAGGGUCUGGCGAGGGCCCUGGGCCCCCCGUCAACAACAACACAGAGGGUGCGGUUGCGAGCCCUCCCCGAGACGACAACCACAACGCGCAGCUCACAACACCACGAGCUACGCCACUUACGCCAUCGGAAAUUUUAAAGUUAUACGGUGAACGGUUAACGGCGUGGGAGAGGACAGAAGUACGCAAAUAUCCUGAGGUCUGGUUCUUGGGGCUUGAGGCGAGCAAGGUCCAGGCGUGGUCCACCUUGCCUAACAAUUGCGGCUUUGAUGACGAGAACGGUAGUUACAACAAAAAAAUCCACGACCACAUCGCAUAUCGAUACGAGAUCCUCGAAGUGAUCGGCAAGGGUUCAUUCGGUCAAGUGAUAAGAGCGCUCGACCACCGCAGCGGUAACCAAGUCGCCAUCAAGAUCAUCCGGAACAAGAAGCGAUUCCAUCACCAGGCCCUGGUCGAGGUGCGGGUGCUGGACCACCUCAGAUUGAAGGACAAAGAUCAAACGCACAACGUCAUACAUAUGCUGGAUUAUUUCUACUUUAGAAAUCAUCUCUGCAUCAGUUUUGAGCUUAUGAGUAUUAAUCUAUAUGAGCUGAUCAAAAAGAACAAUUAUCAAGGGUUCAGCUUGAGCCUUAUCAGACGGUUCUCGAGUUCAUUGCUACGCUGUUUGAGGCUGCUCGAAGCUGAGAACAUCAUUCAUUGCGACUUAAAACCUGAAAACAUAUUGCUCAAAGCUCGAGGAAGUUCAUCGAUCAAAGUCAUAGAUUUCGGCAGCUCCUGCUAUACGCACGCUCGCGUCUACACGUAUAUACAGUCUCGGUUCUAUAGAAGCCCUGAAGUCAUCCUGGGCUUGCCGUACGGCACAGCUAUUGAUAUGUGGAGCAUGGGUUGCAUCUUAGCGGAACUUCAUACGGGUUACCCGCUAUUCCCGGGAGAGAACGAGGCGGAACAGCUCGCCUGUAUCAUGGAGCUGCUGGGCCCCCCACCACCUGAUCUCCUGCUGCAUGCUACAAGGAAACGGCUCUUCUUUGAUUCAAAAGGCUCACCGCGAUCCGUGACCAACUCGAAAGGUCGAAAGCGGAAACCAGGGUCGCGAACUCUCUCAACAGCUGUGCAGAGCAACGAUCCAGCCUUCCUUCACUUUUUACAUCGGUGCUUAGAAUGGGAUCCAAAACGUCGCAUUACUCCCACAGAAGCAACGCGCCACGAAUUCGUAACCGGCUGUCCUCUCGGAUCAACACCAUCUGGGCAGUUGGCAUUACCUCGUCUGCCUCCCCCUAGACCUGCGAGGACAGCUCUCCUACAUUCCCAAUCAGCCGGUGACGUGGCCGCCAUGUUGGGACGAGCGUGACCUAAGGACAGAUGAGAUAGAGUUGGUUCCGGAGGUCUUUAGCCUCUGGUUUCACGUCUAUUGCUUUGUAGUUCAAUUUGUUUCAGCAUACAAUAGUCAAGUUUAUUAUGAUGUUAAGUGAUGAAUUUAUUAAUUUUUAAGUUGUACUCUUCGCAUUAAUACGCGAAAACGGAAAAGAUUAUGAUAAGUCGACGGACAAAACUGUCAGAUAAAUUUGAUCUGACAGUAUACGAGAAUUAUUGUUGAAGGAUAUAAGUACUAAAUAAUCCGUGUUAGUUACUUUUUUUUUAUUAUGAUUCGUCGUUUUACUCGUAGCUAUUAAUAUUUAAUUUAUCUUAGAAUAUUACAAUGUGAUAAAAAUAACCAACAAAGAUCUCAACAUUAUAUUUAGACAGUUUGAUAUUUCUUAAUACUUGAGCUGCUAAAGUUACUUCAAUCACGACUUUAAAAUCUUGAAAAGAUUUCUAAUCGAACUAAAAGAUCUCAUAUGUAAUAUAAUUCUAAAAAGUUGCUCAAAAUAGAUAAAAAAGGACAAAGAUUAGCGAUCGUUACAAAGAUACUGUUUUGCGUUUCGAUUCUUCUAAGAAGUAUUGAGUAAGCAUAUUAAUGCUUUCUCUUCCUAUAUUUAUCUGAUAUUAUGUGCUGCAACGUUCUAUAGGUCAUCAGUUCUGCGCUACUUAUUACCAUCUCAUCGUACUGCAGACUACCUACAUUACGCAACACUUUAGUCUAUUAGACCACUUUUGUAACUCACUAUCGACCUAAAUGCGGUUAGCGCGAUUAUCGGAAUUACGGCUAAGUUAGACAUUAAGUGCUUUUCAUUUUGUGAUUUGCAGAUAAUGUAAUAUGAGUGCCAAAACCUGCCUUUCGAGUCAUUUGCUUGUUGGGUACUGUUUUUACAUUUUUAUCGUUUUCUAGUCAAUGAUUCGCUCGUUAGUAAUAUUUCUUUUUACGUAUAAGUAAUAAAUAAAGCUUUAGAAAGAAACGUCGUAUCCAUCUAAUAUCAAUUUAUUAAAAAAUCAUAUUAGAUAAAAAAAUGACUGAUUUAUAGUACAAGAAGGUAUACGUCUCUUCAUCAUAUCACAAUAAGGGCAGGCUAGAUAUUCUUAUCUCACUCUCUCCUUUGGAAGAGAAGAUAAUUAUUUAUAUCGCUAUCUCUUUUUUAUUGUUUAAAUUAAAAAGAGAAUAGGGUCUUCUAAAACCUGUCGUAAUUAAAUUUCGUAAAUAUGUAAAGAUUAGAAGUGUGUAGGUUUGUAGGAAUUUGCAAGUAUGCUUUGUCCUCUCGAAAAUUUUGCGUAUACCGCAAAGAUGCCUAAUUUUUGCUCAUUCCUGGUCAAAAUUAUUUUGCUAAUAAAUUAUGAGAUUUUUUUUUGUUUGAAUUUAUUCAUAAUUUUAAUCGAUAAUUUAAGCGAAUCCUAUUUCAUAGACGAAUAUGAUUUAGAAAAAAUAAAUGUAAAUAUUUGUUUACUCACAUAGCUGUGUAUUUUCAAAUAGUGUUUUUUAGCGUCUGGCUAUAAUAGAUUUUACUAUCACUAAGUGUCUAGAUCUAUGUCUGUAUGACCGUGUAGUUUUUGUAAUCAUAGAUAGACAAUACUAAAAGUUACUUAUGUCGUUCUAAGGUCUCAAAAUGUAGGUUUUAUAUUUAUUAGUUGAUUCUGGGUUGCCAAGUUUUAAUAUUAAGACUAUUAUUUAUAAUUGCAUUAACGAUAAACGACCUAACCGAUAAACUUUGUUUAGCGGGUGCUUAGUUAAACAUUGAUUGCUCUCUUUCUGUUACUGUUAAUUUGACAUUUGAAAGAAGAAGACAAGUCAUUGAUUAACUAAUAAUCCCCUAAAACCGAUAGUUUUAGUCUAGUUCAAAAUUAUAUCAUAAUUACAAUUCAAAUAAGCUGAAUAGAUAAAAUUAGUGGGUGGACUAUAUCGGUUUCGGUUCAUAUAUGAGUACAUUUUCUACUAUUUUAUGUUCUAAGUUAAUCUGACAUAGAAAUACAGUAAUUUUUCUUAUUCAUAGGAUUUGAAGUUGAGUAAAAGUUAUUCCAAAAAUACUUAACUUUCAAAAACUGUAUCGUGUGUUCUCUUUUUAUAAUUUACGUAGAUCACUUUGAAUACGUGUAUUGUAUGUUAUAUUUAAUUUAGCUUUUAGUGGUACAAUAAUUUUUUGUUGAUUUUUCUUUUGUAAGUGCUCAUUCACAGACGGUCGAAAUUUACAGGAUCGUUUUUAACGCAUUCGUCGCUACGGGGGCUAUAUUCACAUCUUACAGGACCGUUUUUAAACCUUACUGAUGGACCUGUAAAACGUACUGUAAUAUUUUGUUGAAUCGGUGUUUUUUAUUCCAUCUGAAUACGUCAGUGUGAGUGAAUUCGUUUACCAUACUGCAGACAUGAUCGCUAUAAAAAAACGUAUUCAACAAAACGAACCUGUAAAACCGUCUGUUCACGUCCAACUAAGGUACGCCUUAUUCAAGGACUCCACACGAUACUCGGACGUGUAUGGAAUUACCUUACCAAAUACUUGAGUGAUAUAAUUUUGGAAAGGUAUGAAAUAUUAUGUGUCAUAAAAUUCUAUAUGAAUUCGAAAUGCUUCUUAUUUUCCAUGUAAAUCUUUGAUGUAGUAUUUGUCGUGAUCUCUCGAGACCAAAGUAAAAUUUAAAAUUUGUAAUUAGAAAAUUUGUUGAAUUAGAAUAUUUAGAUAAAUUGUAAUUUGCGUGAACUUAAAAUAUAUCGCAUGAUAUUUGAUAGGACACGAAUCAUGGAGUCAUGGUGUGGAUUUCCAUAAAUGGUUGCUAUGUAAUGGCCAGUUAGGUCCUGCACGUCAAUAUUCUAAUACUGCUAUACGUACUAAUAAAAAAUAUUAAGAAAAAGAUUAAUAAAUGUACAACUUACUGCAGUCACGAGUAUGUCAGAAGUAAAAUUGCUUAAAAUAAUCUUUUCAAUCAAAUUCUCAAAUUUGUCAAACAAAAGAGGUUUUACUAAAAAAAAUGUAUGAAGAUCUUUUAUGUCAUAUGAAUUUUUUUCCGAUAAUUGAAUCGACAUAUGUCAAAUGUCAUAAUUCUUAAAAAUUUUUAAGCGAUAUUAUCAACAUUAUUUAAAGUUAAUUAAAACCAUUCGUGACUUAUCAAAUACACUGUAUAUGGUCUCUGUAUGUGUCUAUAUGUUUAGUUGUAAUUGUAAAUAUUAUUACUGUAGAACAUUCUAGGCGAAGCCAAACUGUGAACUGUAAUAAUUGUUGUACUUUAUAAUUUAGGACCCGUUUACAUUAUAUCGGACUGAUACGUCAUCUAA